UGCAGUGUAGGCUGGUGAAGAUGGCGGCACUGGGUGAGGAGCGGCGGUUCGGGCUGUCCUGUGAGAAGCUGAACCCGGGAGCGCGCCUCUCGCUGUUUCAUGUCAAACUGACGGACAGCGCCGUUCGGGCGCUCGAGGCUUAUCGUCGGCUGGCGGCUUCCUUACCGAAUCAACCAGUAAUCUGCUUCCAGGGAAAUCAGGGGCAGUACAUCAAAAUUCCUGCCCCUAAAUCAGACUACCAUGAUGGUGUGCGAUGUUUUUCAUUCUACUUGUCAACUGACAGCAAGGACAAGCCGCAAGCAAGUUUUGACUGUAUUCACCAGUAUGUUUCAAGUUUCAAAAAGGAUCAUCUUGACUGCUUGGGAAGUAUUCAGGAUAAAAUCACAGUUUGUGCCACUGAUGACUCUUACCAGAUGACUCGAGAACGUGUGUCACAAGUAGAAAAGGAGUCAUGGAGUCGAACAACUAUAGAAAUUAAGCCAGGCUCAUCAUGUCAAGGUGUUCGAAAGCCGGUCCAUUUUCGAAAGCAAACUUCAAGCCCUGCUGGUGAUGGCAUUCCACUUCGAAAACACUCUCCUACCAUGAAUUCAGGCUUUGGUGUGAAGAAAACCUAUGCUAGUACAGUUACCCAAAGACCUCUUAAAGAUCGUGUCAUCCAUCUUUUAGCUUUGAAACCCUAUAAAAAGCCUGAGCUGCUUCUAUGGUUGGAAAAAGAGAAAGCAAAUCCAAAGGACAAAGCUGAACUGUCUUCUGUAUUGGAGCAGGUAGCAAAAGUGAAUGUGAAGGACAACAACAGCUAUACGUUAAAAGAUGAGCUCUACAAGGAAAUCCAACAGGAUUGGCCUGGUUAUAGUGAUGAAGAAAAACAAUUGAUUCGAAGACAGCUGAUAAGGAAGCGGCAACCAUCUCAUUCUAGUCAGACCAAGAGUUCUCAACUCAGUUCUCCAUUCCAGAAGUCCUCAGGGGAAUCUUCACCACAAUCUAGCCCUGUCAAGAAUUCUUUAUUGAAAAGACCAGUGCCUUUGGAGCAGAUAGAUUUGCACACAAACAAAAGAAGUAAAGUAUUACAGUCCAAGGAUCAUCCACAGCUUGUUUUAAAUGGACAACAUCCUCAUUCAACAUGCCUUACUGCCACGACAAAUUCCUGUGUAACUGUUAAAACAGAAUUCCAGCAGACUCGUACUUCACUGUCUGGGUGUCCAAAUGAGUUUAAUGAACCAUUUAAAGAGUGCAACAAUUCUUCAAGUGAUGUAAACAGAAGUGACAAAGAUUUCAAACGCAACAGGGAUAUUACUGGUAACCCCAGGAGCCAGGUUACACAGGCGAGUUUAGAACAGACAGCUUAUCCUCUUAGAGAGAGUGCGGAGCUCUCUUCUAGUCACAAUAAAAAGAAAUCCAAAAAACACAAAGAAAAAGUGAGGCAACAUGCAAAACCUGAAAUAAGAACGUGGCGAAAGGAGAGUCCAGCACAUCAGGUUGGAAAUCUACGUGAGACAAUUGAAGAGCAUGAAACCACAAAUACAUCUGCAACCGCUAGUUCAACAGUGGAAAUGCCUGACUAUUUAUUAAAGUACACUGCCAUUUCAUCUUUAGAAUUAUAUCAGAACUAUCGGAAUGACUUCAAUGCAGAAUACAGUGAAUACAGGGAUCUUCACGCAAGAGUUGGAAAUGUAACUGAACAAUUCAUGCAGUUGGGAUCAAAAAUCAAAGCACUUAACCCGGGAACAGAGGAAUACAAGAUGGUGGAGGACCAAAUAUUUGAGGAAUAUAAGAAAUUUAAGAAGACCCAUCCUGCAUAUCGGGAAGAGAAGGUUCGCUGUGAGUACCUACACAGGAAGCUAUCUCACAUCAAACAGUUAAUACUGGAAUUUGACUCAAACCAGAUGUCAUCAUGAUGUUCACUGCCAAGACUUCCUUUUCUUAAACAUUAAGACCAACUUUGUUGCUUCUGGACACCAAUGCAAGAGAACUUAUUAGUCUGGAUGACAAUUUGUAGCAUUAUUUUAUUACAAGUGAAGCCUUUUGACAGUUGAAGUUUGACCAUUGAAAGUGAUAGUCUGCUAUUGAAGGACUUGAGAGUCUCCAUGUUUGUGACAAGGUUUGACUACCUGCGAUUAACAAUGUGAACUGAGCCAGAAGCUGCAUGUUGUUUCUACACUUUUUGCAAUGUAUAUAUGUACUACGUACCAAAUCUCCAAGCCAGAAAAUAACACUGUUUUAGUAUUUUGGCAAAUGUUUAUCUCCUCUAAGAUGCCUUAAUAUGAAUUUAAGACAUUAGUCUGCCAUGCAGUUUUGUGGGGUCAGUCUUUAUAUGCAGCAUGCAUUUCUGAUCAUAAAUUCACCACCUAAGGUUACAGUGUCCUAGAUUAACAGCUUCAGGUGACAUUAUCAUGGUACCUAAGACACAAAUACCUAGCUUUAGCAGUAAUACUGCCUUAAGGUGUUUCUACUUAGAAAUAACACUAGUAUGUGUUUUCUCGUGACUUUUGCUUUGGCUUAGUUUGCUUUUAAACCAGUCAGACAUGAUUUAUUGUCAUUCGAGGGAGGCGAUGACCUAGUGGUAUUAAAACUUGACUGUUACUCCAGAGACCCAGAUAACAUUCUGGGGACCCAGGUUCAAAU